CCAACUUAAUUUAUUCAACUCAAGAUAAAGGAUAUGGUAACGUCGUUACCUGUAACUUUCUCAUCUCCAUUUUGGCUUCUGUUGAUGAUGUCCUUGCUCCUCCUAAUGCUAAUGCUGCGUGCAUUUCUGCAGUGGAAGUUCAGGCGACACUCGAAUCCUGCUACAUAUCCACUAAUUGGCUGUCUGCUUUCCUUCUACAGAAAUCGUCACCAUCUAUUGCACUGGUACACCGACAUGCUAUCCUUGUCGCCCUCACAGACUAUCAUUAUUUCUCGAUUCGGUGCACGGCGGACCAUCGUAACUGCAAAUCCACAAAACGUGGAGUACGUGCUCAAAUCGAACUUCUCCAACUUCCCCAAAGGAAAGCCGUUCACAGAAAUACUCAGAGAUUUUCUCGGCAACGGAAUAUUCAAUGUCGACGGUGAUCUGUGGUACGACCAGCGCAAAUUAGCCAUCCACCAAUUCAACGCUAGGUCGUCCCUGCGGAACUACGUAGAGAGAGUACUCAAGGAAGAGGUGGAGAAAAAGCUCUUACCAGUUCUGGAAUCAGCUGCGGAGGACAAAGCAAUGGUCGACUUGCAGGAUUUGUUGCGAAGGCUUGCAUUUGAUAUGGUGUGUAGAUUUGCGCUAAGCUACGAUCCUGGUUGCCUGGAACUGGAAUACAAGUCACUAGGUACAAAGCAUCCGAUUGUGGACGCAUUCGAUGCGGCGUCCGAUAUCUGCGCGCGAAGAGGCGCGGCGCCGCUGUCGGCCAUGUGGAAAGUGAAGAGAUUUUUCAACCUCGGCUCGGAGAAGAGACUUGGAGAAGCUAUGAACAGAAUCCAUCAGUUCGUAAACCAAGUAAUCCAACUGAGGAAGGGGUCCAUAGAGCUAACCGACGAAUCCCACAGUCACAGAGAACGUGACCUUCUAUCAAAAAUGGUGCUGGGCGGGAGAGGAGAGGCGGUUAUGAGGGACAUAAUUAUAAGCAUAAUUAUGGCGGGAAGGGAUACGACGUCGUCCGCAAUGACAUGGCUCUUCCAUUUGCUCGCGCACCAUCCGGAGGCCGAAAACAAAGUGAUGAGGGAGUUACGGCGUAUUUGGGGGGACGAAAAUUCGGUAGAAUUGGAAACUUUGAAAGGGAUGACGUGGCUCAAGUCUUGUAUCUGUGAGUCGAUGAGACUCUUCCCGCCAAUUGCAUGGGACUCCAAACACGCCGUUGCUGACGACAUGCUGCCGGACGGGACACCGGUCCGGGCGGGAGACCGGGUGACGUACUUUCCAUACGGAAUGGGAAGGAUGGAGCGGUUGUGGGGGGAGGACCGGCUCCGGUUCAAACCGGAGAGAUGGGCAUCGGAAAGGGGCGUUGGGCCGUAUAAGUUUCCGGUUUUUCAGGCCGGUCCGAGAGUUUGCCUUGGGAAAGAACUGGCUUUCAUUCAAAUGAAGUAUGUGGUGGGGUCCAUAAUGCGGCGGUUCUGUAUCAGACCGGCAAACCAGAACCACCAACCGGUGUUUGUACCACUUCUGACGGCUCACAUGGCCGGAGGAUUUAAGGUGUUUGUUAGCAGGAGAAAUUAAUGUCGGAUGUACAGUGUUUUGUACAUUAGUUGAAGCAAGUAGUGCGACAAUUACAAAUACUAUUUCUUAAGUUAUGUCAAGGCAAGGCAAGGCAAGACAUGAA